UUCAAAUUUCGGCUGCUCUUUUAAUUCUUCCAAUUGUCGCAGCCCAACAAAAAAUGUUCAAAGACUUUGCCAAUGUGCCUUCUGCCGCCUUCAUAAUUCCAUUUAUUUUAAUAAUUUCAACAGUCCACACAGCUCCCACUACUAAAGAGGAUCAAUUAAUUAAAUCUGGCUCGGAAAAGGCAAAAAACGGAUUGGAAAAUCUCGGCAAAGGAAUUGAGAACAUUGCAGAUGGGGCGAGAGACACGGCGAUUGGAGCAGCAGAAAAAUUUGGCCAGAAAGCAGCAGACGUGAGAGAAAGCGCCAAACACAGGGCAAAAGAAGCAGGAGAUUCAUUCACUGAAAAAGCUGCCGCUGUUCGCGAUUCGAUUGCUGGUGCUGCUUCUAAUGCUGGACAAGCUGUUGCUAAUGCAGCUGUUGGUGCUAAAGACAAAGUCGUUGCUGGUGCAAAGGUGGUCGGUGAAACAGCUGUAAAUGCUGGGAAAGUGGCUGGGGAAACUGUUGGUGGGUAUUAAUUUUUAAAAGAAUAAAUGGGGAAAGAUAAUUAGGUUUGCUAGUAAUUGUAUUAGCAUAAAUAAGAAGGAAUUUGUGGGGACUUGUAAAAAGUUGGGGAAGGGGAGGGUGUCUUACCGAACUUUU